GUAAGGCCAUGGAAUCUUGCAGGGUUCCCUAUCAUAACCUUGGAAAAUAUCAGAAAGAAGAUUGAUAAAAUGGUGAACAACUAUUACAAGUUAAAGAAGAAUAGCAAAUGGAACAGCCCAACAGAUACGAAAAGGAAUGAGGCAUUUUUUGAAGAAAUGUUAAAAUGAUUUUGGAUUAGUAAAAAAAAAGAACUAAUUGAAGAUAUUAUAAAAGACAGGAGAAGGACAUCCGAAGCCAAAAAUGAAGAUAUUGUGUUUAUCUUAGACCAAAUUGGAAAUAGGAUAGGAAGAAUAGGAACAAAUGAUAAAAGGUUUACGUACACUAUUAAGAGAUCCCACAAAAAAUUGUGUUCCAUGUUAAACGUAGAGAUUAAAGUAAACAAUGGUAACAAUCUAUACAGUUUAGAAAACUCUUCAAGUAGUGAUAAUAAUUCUGACUGUGAAUAUGUAGCAGAUAUAAAAAAAGAACAAUCUACCUCUGUUGUUUUGUUACCAAAAAAUAUUUUAAAAAAAACAGCUCUCACAGCAAUAGGUGAAGGACUUUCAGUUAGACAACACACUGCAAUAGUGGCAAGUGUUAUUGCUAAUUCAGGAGGUGAUGUUACUAAUUUUGCAAUAUCUUCUUCAACCGCAUUUAGAGUUGCAGAAGAAGUUGUAACUAAAGAGGGAGAAAAGAUUAAAAAGCACGUUACUGAUCUUGUUAAAUCUUCAUCAUUACCAAUUAUUCUCCAUUUUGAUGGAAAAAUAGUUAAGGAGUUCACAAGCGGAAUAGAACAUCAACUUGACAGACUUGCUGUUUCCAUCAGGAUAGAUGGACAUAGUGAGCUUCUUGGGGUUCUUCAUUUGAGCUCUAGAAUACAAUCAUAAAACUUCUUUAUCAAUUUGAUGUUUUUGAUAAAUUACAAGGAUGCGUUUUUGAUACAACUUCUGUAAAUACUGGUAAUAAAAAGGGUGUGUGCAUUAGAUUAGCUGCAGAGCUUGAUAGACCACUACUUCUCCUAGCAUGUAGGCAUCACAUCUAUGAAAGGCAUAUUAUUCACUGCUGGAACAUUUAUCCAAGCAGUAAAAUAAAUGGUCCAGAUAAUCCAUUGUUUAAGAAGCUUAAAAAUG